GCAAUGGCGCAGAACGUGUAUGGCCCGGGAGUGCGGAUGGGCAACUGGAAUGAAGAUGUCUACCUGGAGGAGGAACGCAUGAGAGACUUCCUAGAGAGGAGGGAAAAGGGAGAACUCCUUAUUCAGAGAAACAGAAGACUGAAGAAGAACAUUUUGAGACCGAUGCAGCUUUCGGUAUCGGAAGAUGGAUAUGUCCACUAUGGCGAUAAAGUGAUCGUUGUGAAUCCUGACCAAGUCCUGGGGGAGGAAGCUGGCAAGUUUAUGCGAGGAGACCUGAGCCUGUGUAUGAGCCCAGAUGAAGUUAAAACACAGCUUAGAGAUGACCUAGAGAUACCCUGUGGCGUGAGUGCUGUGCAGACCAUUGUCCCGAUGGGCAGGAACACCUUCACCAUUUUGAGUGACCGCGCAAACAGCUGCGAAACGGGCCAAGUGGUUGUCUACGGGCAGAACUUCUGCCUGGGGAUGGCAGCAGGACUGGAAGAAGGCAAGAUGCUGUAUCUAACAAGUGACCACAGAACCCUUAUGAAGUCUUCUCUGAAGUCCGGCCUCCAGGAGGUGACUCUGACAGAUGAGGUCACCCAUCUGAACUGCUGGCAGGCUGCCUUCCUCGACCCCCAGCUGCGCCUGGAAUAUGAGGGCUUCCCAGUGAGGGCAAAUGAAAAAAUCGUCAUCUAUCAUCGUCACACAAACCGAGCCCUGGCGGUCCACCGGAAUCUCUCUUUAAGGUAUACUGGCAGGGGCAGGAGAGUGGCCUAUUGGCUCAGGGCCAUGCAUAACUAAAACUCCAUAUCUAGGUGUGCAAGGACCUACUUUGGGAAGGAAAUCGAGGUUGUAGCUCACACACAUCUGGAUUCACACAAAGUUGAAAAACCCAAGAACCACUGGAUGCUGGUUACUGGAAAUCCCAGGAACAAGUCGACCACCAUGCUAGACAUCUCUAAACCCAUCACAGAGGAUACCUGUGCCUUGAAGCAGGCCAUGGACAUCAAUACACAGUGACAUACCAGGCCUACCCGUGGCCUCUCAGACUCUGCCCUCAUCAACUGUCGUACUUAAAAGAAAUGAACAGUCUUCUUGGCUGUGUCCCAAGCAGUUUGUCAGUAGGUGCAGAACUCCAUGAACAAGACAUUAAAAGAAAUACCACACUAAAAUUGAUGAUGGGAGCCUAGCCCUAGGGAGUAAACAGCGCUUGAAAAUGAAUAGUAUUUGAAAUUAAAUCAGGUUUUGUUGAUAUCCCAGUUGUGAAGAACUUAGUGCCCCCAUGCAGAGCCCCUUGCUUUGUGGCACCCCUGAAGCCUAUUCUCCUUUGCAAAGCUGUGUUUAUGCAAUAAAGAGGUCAGAAGUUUACAGAUGUCUCGACACUCUUGUUUCCUCCCCUAAUUUCCUUCCAUGUAGAACAAUGUGUAGUUAGGAGAUGUAGCUUUGCCUUGAAAUUAGUUUUUAUUUUUUCUUUCUUUGCCAAAGGCAAUAUUAGAAAUAUUUUGUUUUUUUCCCCUACUAGUAAAUUCAUCAUCUAGAGGUUUUUUUUUUAAAGAAAUGAUCAUUUACCUCCAUUUACAUAUCUGAUGAUAGUGCAACAUGAAUUCAGUUACUGCCCCCUGGAAAGCCUGACUGCCUAACUAGCCCCUAGUCCUAAGGGGAUACCCAUGCAAAGCAGACAAUCGGUUAAUAGAUAAACUGUUUCAAAUGAAAAAGAAAACAAUUCACAUCUUGCUUGAAAACUAAGGCAAAAGCUACAGUUGAAUUAUUGAAAAAACAAGCAAAAAAAAAAAACACUCAAGGAUCAAAGAAACUUUUCAAAACACACUCCAAGGAAAAUAGCAGUGGGGGUCAUCCCUGGACUGGCAGGCAGCAGGCAGAACUGUCAGGUCAGUUCCUGCAGGAGCUAAUGGCUUCACCUGGCAAUGUCCAGAAGGGGAAAAAGACUCAGGGAAGGGAGUCACAAGACCUCCAGGGGGCAGAGGCAGGUCCUCUGAGAUGUUUCCUGGGGGUGGCGCCUGACUAGAUUCAUAGUUGCCAAGUACUUUGGAGGACAGAAUUCGGGGCGGCAGGCAAUCAGGCAUCCUUCCUGAUUUGACAUGCAGUUACCUACAGUGGCCACAAGAUGUCAACAUUAAUAACGUUAACAAGUCAAUCCCUAGAAAGGGCUCGAUUAGUUGGGCUUAUUUUCAAAUUACGUGGGACUUUCCAGCUCCCAAAAGACUGUUUUAAGAGGGAGAGAAUCAUAAAAACCACCCUGUUAAGAGGAAAACAUAAAUUUUCUUUAAAAAAGUUUUAAAUUAUAAAAAUAUGGUGUCUGACACAUAAACAUAUGUAAAACCUGCUGUGAGUGGAUUUGGGAGGGCAUGUGCCCAAGUUUCAAGUUAAAGCUCGGCCUUGGACAUUUGAUAGACAUUCAUCUGGAUCUCAGAGUUGUCCCCAUUCACCAACCCGAGCCUCAGGCUCAGGACUCCCCAAGAGGUGCGUUUCCAAAGCCAUGUCUGCCCCUUACUGGCCAUGUUCUCAUCAAGCCCCAACUAGCUUACCCCAGAGCUGUUCUAAGGGUAAAUGGCAUGCAUUUGAGGGGCAGGAGGAGACCAGUGGACCACCCAGAGGACCUAGUGAGGACACUGGUCGCCUUCUAGAGGUGUGGCUAUGGGAAGCCAGGGCACCUCUUUGAACCUCUGUUCACCACUGGCUGCAAUGUCACCCAUCAACACAAUCUCUCUGGGAAAGGUUAUAUACCUGCUAUGCUUUCUGCAUCCACUUGUCAUUUGUCACCAACGGUUGUCAGUGCUCUUUGGCCUCAGGCAGAUCUCUGCUUACCCCACAUGCUGCCGUCUGAUGCUAAAUUUAGUUUUUUAAAUGUAUUUUUA